UGUGGUGUACAGCUGCAGAGAUGCGCGACACAGAAAAACAAGGAGAAAGGAGGGAAAUGGAGACCCAGCACAGGGAAGGGAAGUAACCACUGAAAAAUAAAGCCCACACGUGAUCUGAGAUGCUCCGAGACACCGAGGGACACCGUCUGUGGACAUAAAAGCACCGGAGAGGGGGCUCGGAUCGUACAUUGAUCCGAACACAGGGGGACGGGAGGGGUCGAUCAUGGGGAACGAAGCGAGCCUGGAAGGAGGCGAAGGGCCGCCGUCUGGGCUGCCGGAGGGGCUGGCACCGGACGGGAAGGGCGGCUUCGUCCGGGUCUCCGACGGGACUCCGGUCAGCCUGAGUGAACUCAGCGAGGAGCAGAAGAGGCAGCUCUCCGCCGCGAUGUCAAGGGCGCAAGGCAGGCAGCCCGGAGGCGCAGCAGCUGCACGAAGACCGUCUGAAUCUGAUACACAUCAGCGUUCCCAGCAGGUAGGGGCCUCCAGGGGCCCUUCAGGUCUCAGUAAGAGUCGCACUGUAGACGCCUUCAAUCAGGGUCCACCUGGCAAGGCCGCCCCGGGCCGCAGCCCCUCGUCCCUCAGCCUUUUUGAAUCCAGAUUCCGGCAGGAGCCUAAAGACCCAGAGGCCAAGUCGUCCGGCAUGUUUGGCUCCAGCUUCCUCAGCGGGGCCAACCCCCUCAGUGCUGUGUCGUCUAUGACCUCAUCUGUCUCCUCCUCCAUAUCGUCCAUGGGUGAUAAUGUCAACAUCCCCAAGUUUGGACUAUUUGGGGACGAGGAGGAGGGAGAUGCACCACCUGAGGCCAAGCAGGGAGGAAAGCCACCAGGCAAAGGCCCGCAGCAAGGGCCAGGUCCAAAGGGACCUCAACAAGGAGGACCUCAGAAACAGGGUCAGGGCCCCCCUGGACAAGGGCCAAAGCAAGGGCAAGGACCUCCUGGGCAGGGACCCAGGCAAGGUCAGGGCCAUCCAGGACAGGGGCCAAAGCCAGGGCAAGGACCUCCUGGCCAAGGACCCCCUGGGCAGGGACCCAGGCAGGGUCAGGGACCACCAGGCCAGGGGCCCAAACCUGGCCAGGGUCCUCCUGGCCAAGGACCCCCUGGGCAGGCCCCCAGGCAAGGUCAGGGUCCACCAGGCCAAGGACCUCCAGACCAACAGGCCCCCAAACCAGGCCAGGGACCUCCAGGCCAACAGGCCCCCAAACCAGGCCAGGGACCUCCAGGCCAACAGGCCCCCAAACCAGGUCAAGGACCACAAGGUCAAGGCGCCAGACAGGGUGGCCCUCCACAGCAAACAGGUGGACCCCCUCAACAAGGACCUGGGAAGCCUGGACCCAAACAGCAAGGGCCACCAGGCCCUGGGGCUCAUCCUGGAGAGCCAGCUAAGAGCUCAGGGCCUCCUGGUCAGCAGGGGGCUGGAAAGCCUGGAGGUGGACUCUGUCCGCUGUGUAAGACCACCCAGCUGAACACUGGGUCUAAGGAUCCACCUAAUUACAGUAACUGCACGGAGUGUAAGAACCAGGUCUGCAGCCUCUGUGGGUUCAGCCCCCCAGACUCAGCGGGUAAAGAGUGGCUGUGUCUGAACUGCCAGAUGCAGCGAGCGAUGGGAGGUAUGGAUCCCCCUGGCAUGACAAAGCCCAAGCAAGGCUCAGCCCCACCCUCGCCCCAGAGACAGGCAUCUGGCAAGCCUGGCAAGCUGCUGAUAAAGCAGCAGAGUACCAGCGACCAAGGGUUGACGCCACCAACCACACCCAGGCAGAAAUCCCCAGGCACUACCUCCCCUGGGCCGCUUUCCCCCAGCUCUUCAAUGGGAGGAUCCCCUAAGAUUGACCCCAAGACGGGCCGCCCCAUUCAGCCAAAGUCCAGUCCCCAGCAGUCUCCAGCUAAACCCAAACAGGAGUCCAGCUUUUUUGGGGGCUUGGGAGGUAUCAGUUUGGGAGGCUUGACAGACGCAGCCAAACCUCCCGCAGCUGCUUCACAAGCUGCCGAGUCUGUUACAGGGAAGCUGUUUGGCGGGUUUGGCGGUUUGAUGGAAUCGUCAAAGCCUCAAGCGCAGGCCGCGCCAAAGCAGGAGGAGUCGGUGGCUGGGAAGUUGUUCGGAGGUUUUGGAGGGUUGACGGAAACAGCAAAACCUCCCGCAGCUGCCUCAACGAUGUUCAGCUUCGGAUCGUCACUCUUGAGUUCAGCCACUAACCUUGUCACAGGAGAGGAGGAGAAGGCACCGGACUCUCCACCGGGGUCACCACCGGACUCCGGACCAGGUUCCCCUCCGGAUUCUGGCCCUGGCUCACCACCUGACUCCCCCUUCUCUGCUCCUGGGUCUCCUCCUGAUUCGGACUCUGCUCCUGACACGCCACCUGCAAAGUCCAAGAAACCCCUCAGAGGCAUUUCUGUGGAGCAGGAAGAGAAGGCGCCACGGGCCACACCUCCACCUCCACCUGCCCCGGCCUCAGUCACCAAGGAAAGCUGCCCUCUCUGUAAUGUGGAACUGAACGUUGGAUCAGCAGACACGCCCAACUACAGCUUCUGCACCGAGUGCAAGAAGACAGUUUGCAAUCUUUGUGGAUUUAAUCCUACUCCCCAUUUAGGAGAGAAAGAAUGGCUUUGCCUCAACUGCCAGACCCAAAGAGCCAUGUCAGGCCAGCUGGGAGACGUGCCACCUCCAGCCAUGGCUUCCCCAAAGAAGCAACCACCUGCUCCUGCUCCUUCUCCUGCUCCCUCGUCCACCCCUGCCCCCGCUGCUGUAGAUAGCAAACCUGUAGUAGAAGCAGCAGACCUAACCCCAUCAACUCCUGAUACCAAGGUGAAAACAGUGGAGACCUUGAAAGAACCUGGAGAGAAAGAAAUGGCUGCCAAGGACAGCAGUCCCACCAGCCCAUCAGACCUAGCCAAGCUGGAAAGCACAGUCCUUCCCAUUCUUGAGGCCCAGGCAAUCACACAACCAAAGGAUGACGAGGAGAAACUAACAGACACUCUAAAGAAGAGACGUAAAUUAGAGGUGCUUCCUCUCUCACCUGACUCACCCAGCUCAGAAGAUGACAGAGAACUUACUGAGAAAAAUGCCAAAGGUACCACAAAGAAAAAGCUCCUUGUACCCAUGGAUAUCAGGGCAGAUUCUCUGGAUGAUAGCAGUGAAAGCUUUGGAAAAGAGAGCCCAAUGUCUGGGGAUGAUGAGGAAUUUAUCCGAAAACAGAUAAUGGAAAUGAGUGAGAAUGAGGAUGCUUCCCCGUCUGAUGAGGAAAACCUAGUCCGGCGCAAGAUCAGAGAGAAUGAGAAAAAGCAAAUGGAACAGAAGACAACAGAAGCUGUAGAGAAGAGUACAUCAGGAAAAGGCAGGCGACUUACUAAGAAAAGCACUAUAAGUCCAGAUGAUGAAGAAGAUAAGCUACUCCACGGCUCACAGGAUAAACCUGAUUUACAGAAAGAGGAGGGACAAGAACCAAAACAAGAGGAGCAUCAGAGUGGUACUGCAGUUCGCAAAUUCCAAACUAUGGAGCUAAAUUCAACCAGCAGCCCUAUGCGUAUACCUAAUGAUGAUGGAGAGCCUGAAAUGGAAAGCCUCACAGACUCUCCAGAUGAUCGUUCGAGAGGUGAGGGAUCAUCCAGUCUACAUGCAUCCAGCUUCACUCCUGGUACAUCCCCAACAUCCCUCUCAUCACUGGAUGAAGACAGUGACAGUAGUAGUCCCAGCCAUAUCCGUUCUGGCGAGGGUAAACAACACAGGAAAGCCAAACAUAGACAGCCUGGUCAGAUGUUACCAACUAUUGAAGACUCCUCAGAGGAAGAAGAGUUAAGAGAAGAAGAGGAGCUGCUUAAGGAGCAAGAAAAACAAAAGGGCUCUGGGAAAAAAUCCAAGAAAGACAAAGAUGAGAUUCGUGCCCAGAGGAGGCGAGAGCAUCCAAAGACACCACCAAGCAACCUAUCCCCUAUUGAAGAUGCCUCACCAACUGAGGAAUUGAGGCAAGAAGCUGAGAUGGAAGAAAUCAGACGAUCCUCCUGCUCUGAUUUCUCCCCUAGUAUUGAAUCAGACCCUGAGGGAUUUGAAAUCCAUGCCUCAAAGAUUGCAGCAGUUCAGAAAACAUAUCAACUGCCUGUAUCAGUAUCUCUUCACUCCCCGACAGAUGAUCAAAAUACUGAUAAACCACAGAAAAAACCUCUCAAAUCUGCUGAUGAGGCUUAUGAGGAAAUAAUGCUGAAGGUUAAGUCUCCAACACUCGACAAAGGCGAGAUUCAGCCAGGCAAAGAGUCCCUUUAUGGAGGCAUGCUCAUUGAAGACUAUGCCUAUGCAUCUCUUAUUGACAAUACAACAGCUGAUCAGGCGGAACCAGAGAAGAUUGUUGUUCCUGCUCAGCCCAAAAAACUAAGAUCACCAGAUGAAGUUUAUGAAGACAUGAUAAAGAAGAGGAAGGAAUUCAUGCAGCUUGAGCAGGAAUAUCAAAAUAUGCAGCCAACAAAGGAAAGUGGUACCCCAAAAAUUGUGUUUCAACCUGCUGAGAAUAUCGUCUCCAAAAGCAGCACAGUAACAUUAGGCAAAGAUGGGAAGCCAUUGUUGGAUGCUGAAACUGCCUAUGAAGAGCUAAUUAAAAGAGUGCUCACUCCUGGAACAAGUCCAACACAGCAGGAGCCAGAUGUGGAAACCACUGCUUCUAGAAGGGCACUCCACCCCAUCCCAGACUUAAAGGUGACACAGUGCUCUUCAGGAGAACUAUCUUCUGAUGACGAGAGUGUGAUUAAAAAGGAAGAGGAUACAAUAGCAGUAUCAGACACAACAUUAGUGAUGGAAACUGAGCCUGUGACAGUGGUUGCCGAGCCCCCUCCAUCACCAACAUCUGAUCAGCAACCUCACACAAUAAUCGCAGAAUCCCAGGCUGAUAUUGUGGACUUAUCUAGUGCACUCCCAAGAACAUCAGCCCCUGUGAUUGUCAGUGUAUCACCCUUGCCCACAGUCCCUCAGUACACACCCAGUAUUCCCAGCGUGGUGUCAACUGCCCCACCUAUACCCCCCAAGCCAAGUGUCCUGCGUAGGGCUAAUUCUCAGGAAAAAACAGAAGUACCUGUUGCACCACCACUGCCUCCUCCCACCCCACCAAAACCUACUGUUUUCCCCAGGAAAGCUCCAAUUCCACUUCCACCUCAGGCUUCAGCAGCUAUGACCGCAGCCCAGGGACCACCUACAAGACAAACAGUUACACCAAUGUACAAGCCUCAUGUUCCCCCUCCUGUUGCCCCAAAGCCAACCAUUCAUGCAGGGAUUGGAGAUGGUCACCGACCAGGACAUGGUGUUAAACCACCAAUUGCACCAAAGCCUGGGUCACAGCCUUCUUCACCUGCCCAUGCCCCACAUCCACCAAGACCCACUGUACUUCCCACUGGUCCUAGUGACAAUGUCCUGAAUCUGAGCCCUUCUUCUGAGAGCAAGCCAUUUCAACCGUCACCAAAGUCUCCUUCUUCUCCAAGAUAUGCCAGCAAUCUUCGUGACACAUAUGUCGUCAUCACACUGCCAUCUCAGCCCAGCUCUCCAGUAGACACUGUCUCAACUCAAGCUCCCUCCAGCCCUGGCCCGGUAUCUCCUUCAUGUCAAGCUCAGCCCCAAAGUUAUCACCAACCACAGCCUCAACCUCAAUCAUAUCCACAGCAGCACCCACAACCAACCCCUCCUACAACAACCAGGGUGCCUCUGGCAUACACACGAGUCACAGAAUCCAUUGAAAGUCAAGAGAUUUGUGGCCCAGAAAAACAUGUGUCUAGCUCUUGUCACAUAAUUGAGGCUAUAUCUGCCUCGGCACAGCCACCUGUUGUUAUGCCUAACCUGAUCUCUCAAGUGGUCACCACUGAAGUUCAAAGGACCACCGUCUCUGUUGUUCAUGAAAGGACACCACCACCAGUGCCAGCUCCAAGGGCAAAUGGUGUCCCAAUCUCGAUGGAGAAACCUAAGCCUCAUUUGCCAGCACAGAAUGGACAGGCCGUUCAACCUUCUGAGGUGGUAGAUCUUAGGACUAUGAAGGUGGACCCAGGAUCAGACAUGAAUGGUGUGGAUCUGUCUGCUGGCCCAGACCCAAGACGUCAGUCUUUUGCAACUGAUGUCAGUCGUCAGAACAGUGCAGUGCAGUCACCUGUGGUCAACCUCAGUGCUGAAUCGUCUACUGUUUCUAUAAUGACUGAUAGUAUCACCAUUGUGACCUGUUCUGCCACAAUCCAGCAAUGUGACAAUUUAGACACCGCUCAAGUAUCCUCAGUGCCCCUUCAGCUAACAAAAAACAAAGCAUUUGAGCCUGUUUCUCAAAUUAUAUAUCGGCCCAUAGACUCUCAGCCCUCCACUAAUGCCGGUACAGAGAUUCCUAUUAACCUCUCAGUUGGAUCAAGCACAGGUGUAGGAACUUUCCAGACUAUCCCUGUCACUAUUGCACCCACUUCUGUUGCAAAUUGUGUUGCCAAUGGAUUAACUACGGGUACAACCACAGUGGCAGGAGCUGUUGACCUUAGCACAACAAAACCAUUCAACACUGUGGUAUCAGUGGAUGCUGCUUCUGCAGAGGUGGUCACAGCUGUCAUCACAGAUGAUGAUGGCAAACCAGUUGAUCUGACUGCAGGAAAAAGAGCUGUAUGCUGUGAUGUUGUGUACAAGCUCCCAUUUGCAGGAGUCUGCACUACUCAGCAACCUACCACACCCCUGCCUGAAGACCGCUUUGGAUAUCGUGAUGACCAUUACCAGUAUGACCGAUCACCUUACGGCAUGAGAGGGUUUGGUGGAAUUAAACCGUCGAUGUCAGACACUAACCUAGCAGAAGCUGGUCUGUUCUUUUACAAGAGUAAGAACAGCUAUAAUUUCAGUGGCACCACAGAGGGUGCAGUAGAUCUUACCGCUGCAAAGAUUUCUGAUGCAGGUGAAGCUGUUGACUACUCCAAGAAAGGGACUUACGCAGGAAUGACAAUUCCACCCUAUUCCCAAUCCAGAGUCACAAGUGCUGUUGGUACACUCUUUGGUACAAGCAGCGUUUUGAGGUCAUCAAAUGGGGUGGUCUAUUCCUCUGUUGCAGCACCAAUCCCAUCUACGUAUGCCAUUACCACUCAGCCUGGAUCCAUAUUUAGUACAACAUACAACACUCUGUCAGGUAUGCAUACCAGCGACACCAUGCCUUCCCUGUCCAACCUCCAGAAUUUGCCACUAACACGGUCCCACAGUUUCCUCUCCACUAUCUCCACUACCGCACCAGAAGAACAAGGAGAUGCCCCACUCAAUCUGGAGAUCUCUAGAGGGGGUACUACUACUGCUGGUGCCGCUACAGCAACAACCUCUUUAUCCCUUGACACCUACACUGAUGCAUCCCUGGAGGCUAUAGCUGCGUCACUAGAAGCUCUGUCUUCACCCAUGGUUCCUGGGGAUGGCCAGUAUCAGGCAGAGCGUGAGAGGCUAGAAAUGGAGAAACUCAAGCAACAGCGCCUAGCUGAGGAAUUAGAGUGGGAGCGCCAAGAGAUUCAGCGGUUCCGAGAGCAAGAACAGCUCUUGGUGCAGAAGGAACUGGAGGAGCUGCAGGCCAUGAAGCAGCAGAUCCUGUCCCAGCAAGAAGAAGAAAGACAGGCUCACCUUAUGAUGCAGAAAGAAACCUAUGCCCAGCAACAACAGCAGCUUGAGCAGAUUCAGAGACUCCAAGAGCAGCUGCGCAUGCAACUGGAAGAGCAGAAGCUUCGUCAGAUGUACCCAAGUGGGGACUUACCAGGGCAUGGUGUGCAGGAGGCAGUUGUCCUAGGACCUGAUGGCACAGUGCUGUCCCGAAAGAUCACGGAUAGUGGGUGCCAGACAGAUGAAGAGGAUGAGACGGUCAGCAAAGCUUACACAGCAGGACGAAAAAAGAGAAGUGCUAAAAAGAGCGUUGACAGCUGUGUGCAGACUGACGAUGAGGACCAAGAUGAAUGGGAGGCUCAGACCAGAAGCCGACAAAGCCGACCACGCACCGCCAGGGGUGAUAGGGGUGGGCAGUCAGAGAUGUCUCUUCAAGCCCACACUGAGAUUUCUAUACAAACUGAUACAGAGGGGAACAUUAGAAUGGACACCAGGAUGGAGCUGUCUGACUCUGAGAGGACUUCACCAAAGAAACGACCUACCCCCUUAGAAAUAGGCCAGUCUCCUAACCUCAAAGUUGAGUCCUCAAUGCUUCAAGCCCCACCUAAAUCUCCCAAAGUGCUCUAUUCCCCCAUAUCCCCCUGCAUAUCCCCUAGCAAAUCCCUUGAGUUUGUGUCCUAUGACAAAUCACUGGGUGAUACAAGCCCACAAAAGCUAAGAGGAGGUACGGAUCCAUCAAAAGCCUCUCCAGCAAGUCCAAGGGGACCAAAAGCCAUGCAGAGAUCUAUGUCUGACCCUAAGCCCAUGAGUCCAACAGGAGAAGAAAGGGCAACAUCUGGCACCCAGUUUGGUGAUAGCUAUACUGGGAAAAGCUCAGGUGGCACACCAACAGGCACUCAAAAGAAGGUGAAGCGAACUCUCCCCAAUCCACCAUCAGAGGAUGAGUCAACAACGACUGGCCAGACGGCAUACAGCACUGGCUCGGCCCGCAGAAGAAUGUGCCGCAAUUCCAACAUGGCACGUGCCAAGAUCCUGCAAGACAUUGAUCGUGAGCUAGAUCUGGUGGAGCGUGAGUCUUCCAAGCUCCGCAAAAGACAAGCAGAGUUAGAUGAGGAAGAGAAAGAGAUUGAUGCCAAGCUUAGGUACUUGGAGAUGGGUAUUAAUCGUAGAAAAGAUGUGCUGCUGAAGGAAAGAGAGAAGAGGGAAAGGGCCUAUUUACAGAGUGUUGCAGAGGACAGAGACUACAUGUCGGACAGUGAGGUUAGUAACAUCCGAGAGACAAGAGGUGGGCUUGGAGCCGGUGAAGAUGAAGAGAUUGAAGGUCAUGGUCUUGAACGUCCCAGGACAGCUCCCCAGUCAGAACUGGAUGACUUUGUCCCACCUCAAACCAAGCAUGAGUAUGGAAAAUACUCCCAGUACCAAUACAAUCAAAGCCAAUACCAGCAGUCUCUCUACCAACCUACCCAGUCCUACCAAUCUCAUUCUCUUUACUCCUCUGUCCCGUCGCUCACUAGCUCCCAGCAGCAGAGUUACCACCAGAUGCUCCUGUUGCAACAGAAAGCCGCCAGACAAGCCGCCCUCCUCUCAGAGCUAGAUGCAACCAAGUAUGAUGUCAUUAGCCGCCAGCCUGAUCCCACAUCAUCAGCUUACCUGGGAGUCAAAUAUGACAAGUAUGGCAACCACCUUGACCUCAGAGCCUUGGAAGUGGGAAGUAUAGCACGUAGCCCCAUGUCAGCUGUCUCCGAUUCCUAUUACACAGAUGUAGAUCACCAUACACCUCGGAGUUACAUGCUGCUGGAAGAUGCUGCAGAACUGGCUAAGGGCUCCACAGGUCUGUCUUCAUCUUACAGUCUGGCUGAGAGGGAGUUGGCCAAGGCAGAGAAGCUGCUGCGCAGAAGUGCUGCAGAUCUGGGGUCUACUGACUAUCUGGGAUCCACCUCUAGACUUCAUACUUUUGGAAAGACCCCUGAUGAAGAGGAUACAAUGGAGGAGCCGUAUGAACUGAAACUCCUGAAGCAGCAGCUCAAGCAAGAGUUUAGGAGAAGUACAGGUGGGACAGAAAACUUAGAACAACUGACAGGCCUCUCCCAGCACUACUAUACCCCAAGCUCGAGCAUCUCUGGUUACUCCCAAAGACACUAUCCAAAGACAGACAAGUACAGCAUCAGUCGACUUACUCUUGAGAAACAAGCGGCUAAACAACUCCCAGCAUCCAUGUUGUACCAAAAACACAAGACUCCAUUGUUAGAUCCUAAGAUCUCUUCAAAGUAUUCUUCUAUGACAGACAGCAGAGCUUUGGAGACAGACUAUACCAGCUAUCUUGGGUCAACCAGUGCAUCGGCAAGAUCUAGCCGGCUCUCGCAAGAUGAGAUUACCUUCGGCCUUCGUAAGAAUAUUGCUGAGCAACAAAAAUACCUAGGGUCCACCUUGGGUGCCAACUUGGCCGGGUCACUGAACUUGGGCCAGAGCUUGGGUUUGGACUCUGCCUAUCCUAGCGGUAGUCGCUCAAGACCCUCAUCCAGGCCCACAUCCUGCUAUGGCUUGGACCUGUCUAUCAAAAGAGACCCCUCAAGCUCCUCACUGAGGCUUAAAGGGGACGGCGAAACAUCUGGAGAUGUACCCAGCUAUCAAACCCCAUCUGGUCGCACCAAACCCACCAGCCUUCCCAUUGUGCAAAGUGGUCGUGGCCGAAUACCCAUAGUGGCCCAAAACUCGGAGGAGGAGAGUCCAUUGAGCCCCGUUGGGCAGCCUAUGGGCAUGGCCCGUGCGUCAGCGGGACCUCUGCCACCCAUCUCAGCUGAUUCAAGGGACCAGUUUGGUUCCUGCUUAUCGUUGCAGGACUCCCAGCAGCAACAUAUCAGGGAAGAGCCAACCAGGGGUAGGGGUUAUGUGCUACUGGAUGACCUUCAGGGCACCAUGUCAGAUAGUGAAGCCCUAAGUGAUUCCCUGGUGGCUUUGAACAGAGACGAUGCGACCAAUGCCUACCAUCUUAGACGAGAGGAGACAGACUGGUUUGACAAGCCAAGAGACGGACGGCCAGAGAACGGACAAGAGAAGAGACAGGGAAAAGGCCCGUACUACCCCUUCCCUCACCUCAGGGUCAAACUGCAGAGGGAUCCCAAAGAUCGCAGUGUCUCAGCAGGAAAUGGUCUGGGUAUCCGUGUAGUUGGAGGGAAAGAGGUCCCAGGCAGUAAUGGAGACAUCGGAGCCUACGUUGCCAAAGUGCUACCAGGAGGAGCUGCAGAACAAACAGGGAAGAUUCUCGAAGGAAUGCAAGUCCUGGAGUGGAAUGGUGUUCUUCUGACGGGGAAAACCUACGAAGAGGUGCAAGGGCUCGUCGGGCAGCCAUGCAAUGAAGCAGAAGUGUGUGUCAGACUUGAUCUCAACAUGCUGGCUGAGUCAGACGGUUCAGAGCACCUAGAUUUCCAGGAGCACAGCAAAAGUGACAGACCUCCCAGGUCUCCAGGUGUUGACCCCAAGCAGCUGGCGGCUGAGCUACAGAAGGUGUCCCAGCAGCAGGCUCCCACCUCCACCUCUUCCUCCGGUCUGCCCCCCACCACCUCAGCGACCUCCAGCCCCGGUCAGCCAGGAUCACCGUCCGUAAGCAAGAAACGCCACAGCAGCAAGACUGCAGAGGGAACGAAAACCCAGUCCCACCCCGUCUCCGGAGAGAUCCAGCUUCAAAUCCACUACGACAAGCAGCUUGGCAACUUGAUCGUCCACGUCCUGCAGGCUAGAAACCUCUCCCCGCGGGACAACAAUGGCUACUCUGACCCGUUUGUUAAAGUGUAUCUCCUGCCAGGGAGAGGUCAGGUCAUGGUUGUCCAGAAUGCCAGUGCUGAGAACAAGAGGAGGUCCAAACACGCAGGAAAGAGUCUCAACCCGGAGUGGAACCAGACUGUCAUCUAUAAAAACAUCCACCUGGAGCAACUGAGGAAGAAGACCCUGGAAGUGAGCGUGUGGGACUACGACAAGGGCUCCUCGAAUGAUUUCUUAGGGGAGGUUCUCAUUGACCUGUCCAACACAACCCAGCUGGACAAUGUCCCGCGGUGGCUCCCCCUGAAGGAGCAGAGCGAGGGGGACCACCACCGGCGCUCCCACUCAGGACAGGGCCGACACGGUUCCUCCAAACCCUCGUCGCAGCAUUCCUCCCCUAAAACCGCCGGCUCCGCACAUGACAAUCAGGAUUCCCCAAAAUCAUCUGUCAUCAAGAGCCGAAGCCACGGGAUCUUUCCAGAUCCGGCAAAGGCUCGGUCGAGCUACAGAUCCAGCGAUGCCCCGGUCACAGCGGCCUCGUUGGACAGCGGCCUGAGCGGCAGCGCCUACAGCCUGCUGGACGAAGAAGGAGAGACGAACGAGGUGGACAGUGCCAUCUUCCAGGUGCCCCGAUUUGGAAAGAUUCCCAACGGCACAGACGCGAUGAAAUCAUCAAUGGGACUUGGUGACGCUGAAGGUAAGUCCCAGGUGAUGGGGGAGAUCAAGAUCGCUCUGAAGAAGGAGGUGAAGACGGAGGGUGAGCAACUGGUCCUUGAGAUUCUUCAAUGUCGCAACAUCACCUACAAGUUCAAGACUCCAGACCACCUGCCUGAUCUAUAUGUGAAGCUCUAUGUGGUGAACAUCGCCACCCAGAAAAGGAUCAUCAAGAAGAAGACCAGAGUGUGUCGUCAUGACCGCGAGCCAUCUUUUAAUGAAACCUUCCGCUUCUGUAUGAACCCCGCAGGACACUCUCUACAGCUCUUCCUGGUGUCCAACGGUGGAAAGUUCGUAAAGAAGACCCUGAUCGGGGAGGCCUACGUGUGGCUGGACAAAGUCGACCUACGCAAGCGAGUGGUGAGCUGGCACAAGCUGCUCGCCAGCACCGCCCAGAUCCACUCAUAGAAGGAGACUCAAUCUAAAAAACAAACUAAGCCUGAGAGGGCACAAAGAGGUGUCUGUCAUCGAUCCACUCUUGACGGGUGGGGGAGAGGGUGGUGUGGGUACGGGAGGGGGCGAAAAUAUCUCUUUCUUCAAUCUUUAUUUCAGGGCUCAGAGUUUUGGAGGACGCUUUCGUUCGUAAGAGCAGCUGUGAUGAUGAUUUCUGUCGUGCAGGAGGUUUUGAGGAAGUAGUUUUGCGUUUACAGGAAACGAACACAAGUUUACAGGACGUACAGUGUACAGUAGUGAAGCCGGGGCUGAGGAGAACACAGGUGCUGAGUUCAGAGGUCAGACACGGAGUCAACCAGGUAUUACACACUUCAAAUCACAACACAUACACACAUGCACACACACACGAUUAUCCAAGACAACUUUGCACACUCAUUCACGCAGAAGAGACAUUUUAAUUCUACAGGGAAUGGACACACUUGUGGAUUCAAAUUUAUUUAUUAAGAUGUUUUAUCCAUGAAAGAUUUUCCUCAUUGCUUUAUUAUGAGCGCAGAGUUUUAUUGAUUUACAAAGCAUUUUGGGAAUGAAAUAUUGAAGACUCCGCUACGGAGACCUCCUAUUUAUUUUUGUAUUAUUAUACUAGCGUAGAGUUCUAUCAUUUGUCUCCUCCUCGAUUAUUUAAAAAUCUAUCCUGGGAAGAAAGCAUAGUAUAUUUUCUAACACACUACCUAGCAUUCCAGUUCCAGAGGAAAAAAGGAUUCUCAGCAAGCAUGAAUUUAUUAAAAACAUCUCCUCGUUGACAUCUUUUCUCUCCGUACGUGUAAACUAUCAAAUGAUUAUCAUUGUUUGAUAAUGGAUCGAUAUUGAUAUAUAUCAAAUUGGACACUAUAUAUUGUGCGCAUGAGUUUAUCUAUUUGGUAUGCAGUGCCACAUGUUCAGCACAGAAAAAAAAAAUCACCUCCAAGGUUCACUUUGUAUAUAGUGAAGUGUCAUAGCUGGAAAUUAAUUAUAACAUAUAUAGAUAGAUAUAUAGAUAUCUUUAUCACGGACAAUCGAGUCUUGAUGAUUGUGACAUAGAGGUUUUAUUUACCCACGAUGCCCCUUUAGAAUGUGACACCUUUAACCAGAUGAGAUUUAAGUAUUUCUUGUUUUUCUUUUGUGAGAUCCAGGCACAUGACGAGUCCCAUAUCAGUCCUGCUUUUGUUCAUAGGAGCACGCUUUUGUGGUAUUUUGCACUUUUUCUGCAUAGAAUGUAAAACUGACGUCAUCAUCCUGCUAAAAAUGAGACAGCGAGAGAUUUUUUUUCUUUCCUAGGGGAGGAAGUAGAGAGGUGAAGUAGAAGGACGACAAUAUCAGGAGAUUUUGCAGCGAACAAGAGACAAAGGUGUCGGAAACCAUCCAUGAAAACUGUUAUCAGUGGUGUAGUGGUAGACGAUGAGUUGGGUGUACAAUGUAAGCGGGAUUUAUACUUGUGCGUCAGCUCUAUGCAUAGAUUAUGCCGUAGCCUGCACACAUGGCCUGCGCCAUUGUGAGCAUUUAUACUUGUGCGGUGGUGUCUGUGUCACUCUGCAGUUACACCUCCAAAACACUGGUAGGCGAUGUGGUUUCUGUGAAGUGCUGUAAAGUUGAGUUGAUUCAAAACACACAUUAAACACACAUUAAAUAUGGCUUAAUAGAGACGAUUUCAAACACAAGUGCACAAAUAAGCUUCACUAUAAGGUCUGCAUUGGCGCGAUGUGUUGUGACAUUUCUGGGGAGGUGCGCGUCAGGCUACACCGUAGGUACGGCAUCAAUUCAACGCAGAAGUAUAAAUCUCUCAUAAGUAGAUGGGCAGGUUACCAAGGAAGGAAGUGGGUAUACUCUCCUAUACAUUCCAAUGGCUUUGUGGCUGAUAGGUGGGUAUGCUGUAAAGCACUGGUUCCCAACCCUCACUAGAGGUUAAUAAAGCUUCACGGAGGUCACAAGGCCUUCUUGAUUUGAAAAGGGGUAAGACAAUUUAAAGUAGAUGCCUGCCCUGUUUGGUUCAGUUCAAUCAAUCUCAAGUUUGUUUGCCCCCUAAGUGCAGUUAAUUCGGGCAGGUGCCCUUUGUCCGGUUACAAAGGAACUCUGGUGCGGUUCGUUUGUGGUGAGAACGUGUUCCGACCUGGAUCUGAACCAACUGCAGUCACAUGACACAUUGUUUGGGUUAAACAUGAGCAUGUUACAGUCCUGGAGGAUUAUUAAUGUGCACCUCCUCCUGUACUGCCUUAAUAUGCACAUUCAGCACAUCCAAUGCAUCAAAACACUGUUUUCUAGUUGGAGCCGCGCCUCGUUUUCAAACUGUAUGGUUUGACUAAAAUGAACAAUGACAGCAAUAUAGUCCACGAUGAGCAGCGCUAAAAUCAACCUGCGUAGUUGUCCCUCCAUUGUGACAUUAGAAAGUGUCACAUUUAUCUUCCAAGUGUACUCUUCUUCAACGCUUUGUUUACUUCCUGGAUUUUUCCCGCAUGGAAAUUCUGACCAGUCAAGAGCAGAUUUCUCGUGCAAGACAUUUGAUCUGGUCCUCUUGUAAAUGCUGCCGUGAGAACACGAACCAACUCUAGGUAAUUGUACAACUUUGUGACCAAAUUAGUCCCUGAUUCAGACCAAAGCAAGACAACUCUAGGUCUGAAAGCACCCUUAAAGACAUCAAUGUAAAAAUGAAGCGUUUCGCCUGCACUGUAAGUCUAUUUUGAAAAAGACCGUAUUCAUCUAAGGAGCAGAAACUGCACAUUUUCUGUGAAAACUGAAGUGUAUUUUGAAAAGACACAAUGGAUAUAACAAACAUAAAUUGACAAGCCGUCCAAGAACGUCCAAAACUGAUGCAGGGAGCUAGCUAGUACGUCCUACUUUGACUUUCAGGUCCACUGACAAAACGGCAGUAUUCGACCAAUGGGGAUGAGAACGCCUUGCUGAUUUCACUUAGUCAGGAGUCGUCAGUUUACCCAAGGAAAAGGUUGGGAACCACUGCAGUAAACAGCCAGAAAAAGAGGCAGGUACACCCUCCGGCGCAUAUCCUCCACUACACCACUGACUGUUACCAUUCUAAGACAUGACAAUGCUAUUACAGUAGCAUGCUUAUGUUUUGUUUUGACAUAUGUGUUAUCAUUUAUCUCUUCUAAUCCAAAUCAUCAACGUCUUUAAGAAUCUGUCUGUUACGUCUUGAUAAAGGUCAUCACGUGCACUCGUACGGGGGUCAAGAAGCAGAACAGCUGGUCCAUUCAACAUUUCCAGUCCAACUUAGCAGUGAAACUUAAUAUCUGAGUGAUUUCUAUGCAACAUCUACCAUAUAAAGGUGGUAACUGCAUCUUGACUCGCCGGAAACGUGAGACGAAAGGAAGCAUUUAUAUCGACUUUUUUCUUUGCACUGCUGUGUUUUCAUGUCCUCCAUGAAACGACGACUGCUUUAAUGUGACUUUUGUGUGUUAUUUUGUACUUUUUAUUUAUUGCCUGUGAGACUAUUUCACACGUUGUAUUAUAUUUGUUUACAGUAUAUAUCAGGUGUACAUAAAAAAGUGGAGAACUUUUUUGUUUUUAUACACAAUGUAGUGCUUGUUUACAAGGUGUAGAGAGCCUGAAACUCAGAGAACCAACUUUCUCAUCGUCCUUGUGCACGAACACACUCACAUAGAUCCCAAAUUUCACAUAGUUACGAGUCGAGAGAAGAAAAAAUAACAUUCCUAUUCUUUUUCUGCACCCCCUGUUUGAACAGUUGUGUAUGAGAAAUUACCAAAAAAGACUUCAUUAUAAUCACUGGACAUUUGCCUGAGAUUUAAAGUCGGUGUGUGUUUUUUGGUUUUCCUUCUUUUUAUACCCACGUGCUUGUGUGUAGCAUCUUCAUAUCAAGUCCAUGCAUGUCAUUGGCUCUAAUGCAUAUCUCUUCUUUUAAGUGUUGUCUGUCAAACUUUAAAAUAACACACAGAAAUACAUGCAUUCUCUCACACACACGCACACACACACACACACACACACACAGAUGCCAUCUCUCUAUUUCCAACCAUGUAAAUACAUCGCUUUUUAUACUGGGAUUUGGGGAGCAAUAGGUCUUUUAGCAGACAUAAAAAAAAAAAAAGGUGUGUGAUGAUAGAAGUAAAAGGACGUUGUUUUUCUCUCGAUCAAUGUACAGCGGAUAGACUGAGAAACGACCUUAUGUCUGUCUGUAGGGACCCAGAUUUACCCCAACCCCCUUCGCACCAAACACUAAAGGUUUACCAGAAUCUAACUACACAGAAGUCUAUCGUAACAACUCGGAGCAGUCGCAGGAGAAUUUAAAUGUGCUCACACUGGAUGUUGCAUGUUUUGUUGGUGGUUCAUACUAUUUUUGUGUCCAGAUAUUAUUAAAGUAAACAAAAAAAAAAGAA